GCGCGCACACAGUGGAGUAGUUGUGUCGAACACUCCCGCAGAGGCGAUGCCCUUUUGUGGAGAGGUCUCUUGUCACAGAGGACAGACGGCAUUCACAGUGGGGACACAGUGACACAAAGAGAAGAACUGCUUUUUAAAAGGCUCCAUUCUUUCUGCGCAACCGCUGGGUGUUGACUGUGGGUGUUUGAGAGGAUCUUUGUGGAGAAAGUAGAGAGGAAGGGUACGCGCCGUGAACGGGCUGGGGGAUUUUUAUGGUCAGUGCAGCGGAUCAUCCACUCUGCAGAUCACCUAUGUUUUCUCUCCCGGUGUUUCGUUUUGGAUGAACUUUUACGCAUUGUUUUUACGCACCAGACACUGUGAUAAUGAACGGUCUCCCCUCGGUACCUGCAGAGUAGAAGUUUGAGCCGGAUCAUUAACUUCAAGAAGGAGUCGUUUUGUGGAUAUCAGCCGAAAAGAUGCCAGUUGAUAAAUUCGCGAACAUGGAGGAGAAACUGUGGAUUUUGGAGGACCUCAAUAUGAUGUACAUCCGUCAGAUUGCACUCAGUUUACAGGACAGUGACAUCCAGAAGAAGAUCGACCAUGAGAUCCGAAUGCGGGAUGGGGCCUGCAAGCUGCUGGCCGCCUGCUCUCAGAAGGACCAGGCCUUGGAGGCGUCGAAAAGCCUGCAGACCUGCAGCACUCGCAUCAUGGCCUACAUGUCGGAGCUGCAGAGGAUGAAGGAGGCGCAGGUUAUGAAGAAGGUCCCGCGGAGGUCAUCGGAUGCAGGGCCGAUGGACGACAGGCGCCCGUGCAAGGGAAAAGUAGCCAUCUCAGAUCUUCGUAUCCCACUCAUGUGGAAAGACACGGAGUACUUCAAGAACAAAGGAGAGCUUCAUCGGUGUGCAGUGUUCUGCCUGCUGCAGCUCGGAGGAGAGAUCUUUGACACAGACAUGGUGAUAGUGGACCGGACACUCACCGAUAUCUGCUUCGACAACACCAUCGUAUUUAGUGAAGCCAACCCUGGUUUUGAGAUGCGCGUAGAGCUGUAUAGCUGCUGCUCGGAAGACGACUACUCAGCAGGGAACACGCCCAGGAAGCUAGCCAGUAAACUGAGCUCGUCGCUGGGCCGAUCGGCGGGGAAGAAGCUCCGGGCGGCCAUGGAUCCUGGGCCGUGUAGUCCUGUCAGCAACGGGGGGGCAACUCCUCUUCUUCUGCCAGUUCCCUCUGUACCGGGUCCUAAGUACCACCUUUUAGCUCAUACCACCAUGUCACUGACACACAUCCAGGACAGUUUUCGCACACAUGACCUCACCAUCUCAGGCAACGAGGAGUGCUCCUAUUGGCUGCCGCUCUAUGGUAGUAUGUGUUGCCGCCUCGCAGCUCAGCCUCACUGUAUGACCCAACAGAUGAUGAGUGGAUGUUUGAAAGUGAAGCAGUUGGGAGGUGACCCUCAAAGUUGGACAAAAGUGUACGGUGUGCUUAAAGGAACAAGCCUUUUCUGCUACCACCGGCAAGAAGACGUGGAGGCUAACGUGGAGCCAGCUUUCACCAUCGCCAUCAACAAGGAGACCAGAAUACGUGCUUCAGAGAAAGACCCUCAAAGUAAAGUUCAGAAUAUCUGUAUCAGUAAUCAGUACGGGGGUGAGGAGGUCACACACACCCUGACGACAGACAGCCGCGAUGACACACACCGGUGGAUGGAGGCCUUCUGGCAACAUUUCUACGACAUGAGCCAAUGGAAACAGUGCUGUGAUGAUUUAAUGAAAAUUGAACUGCCAUCGCCAAGGAAACCGACCCCCGUCACACCCAAACAAGGCUCACUCUAUCACGAAAUGGUUAUUGAGUCAUCCGAUGACCUCAGCAGCACGGUGUCCGACAUCCUGGCUCGGAGGAUGCGGGAGCUGGAGCUCCGCAGCCAGCUGGGCACCUCCCCGACCUGGAUGUCGUCUCUGUUUGAGGAGAACAACCCCAAAGGCGCUGGCCGCCCUCGCCCCUGUACUUCCCGCUUCUCCGGACACAGCCCCUGCACACCUCAUCGCCCACCGCGCAGCCCUGCGAGCCCCCACCGCUGCCCCCAGCUCAGCCUGCUCUCCUCAGAUGCGAGCCUGACCUCGGACAGCGACAGUCACUGCAGCACCAGCCCCUGCUCCCACCGCCACGGCUGGCCUGAUCCGUCUUCAAACUUCUCCCUCCUGUCCUCGUCCUCCCCCUCCCGCAUGAGGCCACGCACUCUCUCCCUGGAUGCUAAGCUCAGCACCCUGCGAGGGAGGGGGUUCAGAGGUGGAGGAACCUUCCAGUGCUCCUGCCAGCCUCCUUCCUCCUCGCCGCUCACCCCGAUCUCCUCUCGUUCCCCUCUGUCCCAGCGCAGCACACAGACCACGCUCUCCUGCUCCAGCUCCACCUCCAGCAACAGCUCCAGCAACAGCGAAGGCAGCCACAGCCCCGAGUCUUCUGAGGGGGCCCCCUUCUCACGGCCCUCCCCGGCCCGACGCAGCCUCAGGAACCUCAGGGCCAGACUUGAUCCUCGCAACUGGCUCCAGAGUCAGGUGUGAAGCUUGUGCUACCAGACAGACAUUGUUAACACUGACCUAAAGGCAACAGUUCUCAUUAAAACACGGCUUAACAUAUGUGAAUCGACCUCAGGCAGACUGCUGGGCAACAUGCACAGCCCUGAGGAGGAUAAGCUGCCUUUUGCCUGCGUCCUCGGAUCAUGGAAGACCCUCCUGGGGCAAACUGGAAUGUCUUCUAACACAAAGGACAGGUGACAAUCACUGAAGGGCGGAACGUUGCUUAAAGAUGGUCCAAAACUAAAUGGGAGGUACUCUGCUUGCUUUGAAAAAUGAUUAUGGUCAUGCUGCUUGGGAGAAAGCGAUGUUAAGAGCUAAGGACUUCAGAUUAACUCGCCACACUGGGAUCUACUGUCCGCCCUGAAACUACAACACACUCAAACAGUAACUCAGCAUCAUCUCUAGGAAUCCACCUGCAGUGUUUUGAUGUUACCCAUGAAAAUCUUCUAAAAAAAUAAAGGUUUGCAGUGAUUAUGCUAUAAACAAAAUCAGUGAGCAUGAGUCAGGCAAGAUGGGCCAAGAGUUUUCCAAUGUUACAGCGUGGAAGGAAGGGUUGGUUAUCUGUCCGUCUGAACUGUGAUAUCUACUUCAGUGUACGCGUCUCAUUAUUCAUACGUGGUUCUCCUAAAAUGACUAUGCACCAUUUUUUUUCUGCAUGAUUUCAACAACGAAUCUGGUGAAAGCUUAUGCAAAUGCUCAUACACACUGUACUGGUUAAUACUGUGAUCUCUGGUCUCAACUCCCACACAUUUAUCUGCACACAAUCCACAGGCAGAUGUAGGUAACAUAUCUCUCUAUACAUAGGAAAACACUAGAUUAAAAUGAAAUUACUCAACACAAACUUAUUUAAAAUCUUAUUAAAAAACAAAAGCCAUUCUGGUCAUUUUACUUUAAUGCAGUAUUGUGGGUUUUAUUAAGCUUUCCGGUUCCUUGGACAUUUCAAUAAAUGUGAAACAUCCACAAAUCACAUGUUAUACAACUACUUUUUAAGCAGUGGAUUCUUACGUGAAACUAUAGCCAAUCAAUGGGUCAGAGUAAAAGUAAGCUAAUGGUUUACCCUGCCUUUUGAGUAUUUAAUUGUAAUUUAUGUAAGAAAACAGUCCUCUGACUCAAGGUGUCCGUGUGAAAACACAUCUUAUAGGAGAGUCUGUGUCUCUGUUUGUGCAGUAAAACCAAUUCUCUUUCUUUUACUGUUCAUUUUACUUUAACAGUUUCCAUCUUGGGGCUCAGAACUCGGGUGACUAUAAGAAAUAGAAACUGUCAAAUGUUAGAAGAGCAGCAUUUGUUACUGUAAAUUAAUUUUUAUAAAUUAACAAAUAAACCUCCUUUUUUUCUCUUUUGUUACAUAAUUGAUUUUGUUAUAAAUGCAGCUAUAUUGAUACCUGAUUAUCACAAUGUUAACAGAUGAUGUGCAGAUUUAUAACUGUUAAUGCAUAGGUAACAUUGAAUGUUAUAACCUUGCAAGAGUUUCUCCUGUUAGCAGGCUUUGUGUUCUGCAUGUACGCCGUCUUAGUAGGCGGACAUAAAAUGAGAAAUGUGGAAAUCUCCUGUUUAAAUAAUAUAACAUUAAUUAUAAUAAAUGUUUUAUCAAUA